UAUUGGAUAGCUUCAAAAUGGAGGACAAGCCCUGAAUUUAAUUUAAAUAGCUCUUCGUAUCUUCGCUUCAGAGCGGUUCACAAACAAUAAUAUAAAUAUGGCAUCUGUUUCAAUCAAAGGAAAAAUGACAAAGUCGAUCUUUAAAGCAGAAAGAGUUGAUCCAAUGACUAUGCCAUCCACUCCAUCUAGUGGUAGAUUUGAGUUCAAAAUUCCAGAGCGUAAAGAUGAAAUACCUGUUUUAGAAUUUGUCAGUAAUAAUCCAAAUGCAGAUAAGAAUAAGAACAGGCGAGCUAAAGAAAGCAAUAAAAGAAAUGAAAGAGUUACAUCUAGUGUGGCUAAAUCGCAUGGUCUUAGAGGGAAAAGUCAAAGAGGCAACCAUCCUAAGUCACCACGUCCUCCUAAGAAAAGCUCCAGUGAACAUGAUAUUGUCACACUUGAUGAUGUAAAAGAGGUAGCACAUGGGUCACUGUUGGAGGGAGAAAAUGUUCCUGUCACAUUUGAUGGCAUAUUCCAUGCUGAAGAAUUUGAUAAUUUUCUGAUGCAUCUGUUGAUUUACUUCCACUGCUUUAUUGAUAAGCUUGAGAGAGAAGAAAAGAUUAAUAACAUAGCUGGAUAUAUAGAACCAAGUAUAAAGGAAAGAGAAGAAUUUGAAGCUGCAUGUGAGAAGCUUAACAUUGCUCAGAAAAUGCUUGGUCAGUCACAUGGAAUAAUGGUGCUAGGAUUAGGGAUGGAAUCUGAACAUCACAUGUCAUGUGGAAAAUCAAGGGUGUCAGCUACUUUACGGGAUAGACAUGUUUUUGAGGUUUUAUAUAAAUUUUGCCUUUUUGUUGUCUAUAUCACAUUCAAACGAAAACUACCUCAAGACGUGAUUAGAAAGGAAAUUGGAAGAAUGUUGCGGUCAGAUACAUUUAAUCCAGCUAUUAGAGUUAAACAGACACCAGAUCCGAAAGACCAGAGGUCAAGCAUGUUAAUAAAGAAAGCUUUGAAGGAAUUUAGAGAAAUAGAGGUACCACUUAAAGAAAGGAAAGGAAUCUCAGAUUUACAAGAAGUGUUCAAAUUCAAUGCUGCUGAAUACAGACGGAAUCAUCCGAGACGGCCGGCAAUAAAGUCAAUUAUUCAUCAAAGAUCUCCAGCUUUAGUUGCAGUUUUACCAUCUGCAAGUGAAAAUUCUGAGUGGCUGUUUAGACGAUCAAGACCAUUAUCUCCCAAUUCCUUAUCAAAAAUAGGAAGAGAGGAAGGUGAAGAGGAAAUGGACUCAGAAGACAAUACUCUUGAUCAAAUCAUUGAAAAGAAGACUUUUAAAGUGGGUAUCAUAGGAGAUCCAAAGAAUUUAUACAGUGCAGAUAAACUGAUGCCUGUUGGUGGAGAAAAUGAAGAUGAAGAAAAUGAGGAGGACGGUUCAAAAAGAACACAACCAGAAACUAAAGAAGCAGAGCCAUCACCUCCACCAGGGCGUGUAGUAGCUCGGAAACAAACACUAAGUAGAAUAUCACACAGGCCAGGCCAAUAUCAGAGGGUCAGUAGACAACAGACAGCCAUAUCUACUGCCACAGCUGAUGCUGAAGAUUUUUAACCAACCACAAGUCUUAUUGCACAGUUCUUCCUGCCAAUCAGGAUAAUUAAUUCACAGUUGAUAUUUGAAUUGGGAGACUUAGCAAAUGGCCCUUAAGCUAAUCAAUUGACAUAUUCCAUUUAUGUUUUUUUGAAGUGUAAAGUAAUUUCUUUUUCAUUUUUUGUCAAUAUAAUAUCACAAAAAUAUUGAUUACCUAAGAAUUAUACAAAAAAAAGUUGAUAUGGAAGGAAAAGUUAAAGUUAUAAUAAUAUAUGUUCGAGGUACUUGCUUUACAAUGCAGUCAUCGACUAAAGAGCAAUGUUUUUAGAAUUUUAGAAACUUUUUUUUUUCACCAUUAAUAUAGGGGUAUAGCAGUAUUACUUGAUUCCUUUUUAAACAAACAUUUAUAUUGUUUCAAACAAAGCGUAGUUUAAAUGUUUUCUAAAAAUAAAAAAACAAUUAUAGGAUAGAACAAAUAAUUGUAGCCAACAGAAAUAUAUUUUAUUGUAAGUUUUUAACAAGCAUCUGUGAUAUAACUUUUCUCGUGUUUUGGACAAGAAAGGGUUUCAUUGUAUAGAACGAUUUUGAAAUAUAUACACAAAUCCCGUGAUAUACCAUGACAGGGUUUGUGAUAGAAUGAGAGAGAACGGUAUUUUACAUAUUUUUAUUCAUUGUGAUAUUGUUUAUAGUUUACCAUCCAUUAUUAUGUUCUAUGUAUGUAUGUUUCUGUUAUUUGUAAUGAUUUUUUUUUAAAGAAAUUACAAAAGAAGUG